UGUUAACAAAGAAAACUGCGAAGGUUUUUUAAUAAGAUCCCAUUGUUGUAGCAAACCCAGAAGAAGAAACUCUCGAAGAAGACGACUAAUUGAUUCAUCUGAUUAUGGAGAGACUACAGCGAAUCUUCGGAGCUGGUGGCGGUUUGGGCCACGCAUCGCCUGAUUCUCCGACUCUCGAUACAUCGGAGCAGGUCUACAUCUCUUCUCUCGCUCUCCUCAAGAUGCUCAAGCACGGAAGAGCUGGUGUUCCUAUGGAAGUCAUGGGAUUGAUGCUUGGAGAGUUCGUGGAUGAGUACACUGUUAGAGUUGUGGAUGUUUUUGCGAUGCCUCAGAGUGGUACUGGUGUUAGUGUUGAAGCUGUUGAUCAUGUUUUCCAGACUAAUAUGCUCGACAUGCUUAAGCAGACUGGAAGACCUGAAAUGGUUGUUGGUUGGUAUCAUUCACAUCCUGGAUUUGGCUGCUGGCUUUCUGGGGUUGACAUUAAUACCCAACAGAGUUUUGAAGCUUUGAACCAGCGAGCUGUAGCAGUGGUGGUAGAUCCGAUUCAGAGUGUGAAGGGAAAGGUGGUGAUUGAUGCGUUCCGCUCCAUUAAUCCACAGACCAUUAUGCUUGGGCAGGAACCCCGUCAAACCACAUCGAACCUUGGGCACCUAAACAAACCAUCGAUCCAGGCCUUGAUUCAUGGGUUGAACAGACACUAUUACUCAAUAGCGAUCAACUACAGGAAGAACGAGCUUGAGGAGAAGAUGUUACUGAACCUCCACAAGAAGAAAUGGACAGAUGGUCUGACGCUAAGACCCUUUGACACCCACUCCAAGACAAAUGAACAGACGGUCCAGGAGAUGUUGAGCUUGGCUGCUAAAUAUAACAAGGCGGUUCAAGAGGAGGACGAGUUGUCACCAGAGAAGCUGGCAAUUGUGAAUGUGGGAAGACAAGACGCAAAGAAGCAUCUGGAAGAACAUGUUUCCAACCUCAUGUCAUCCAACAUUGUUCAGACACUAGGCACUAUGCUCGACACUGUUGUCUUCUAGAGAGCUUACUUCUCCAGCGCUUCAAAUCAUUGAGCUUUGUUCUUCUGCAUCUCCUUGGUUUCUUUCUACUGAAUGUUCUCUUUUUAUCUCUUAUCAACUAGGCAUUUUACAAGGUUGUAUUGUACUAUGUGAUUUCGUUCGUUUAAGGCCAGGGAUUGAUUUAUAUUUCUUUGCAUUA